GUCGGUGGUGCGCCAGUAGGUGGCAGCACUCAAUCGUUAUUGUGUUGCCAACAUCAGUCUUGGUUGUCAGUGAGAGAAAAGCUACAGUCAUCUGAACUGAGUUUGUCGUCCAGAUUUUUGGUUUUCAAACUGAAAAUAUGGAGGAGUAUCAUUCUGGAGAUGAAGUGUCUUUCAACUCAGAUGAAGCAAGUAAUGUUGUCAAGGAGUGCAUUGAGGGUAUUAUUGGAGGCGUGGACUACAGCCAGAACAAAGUGAACCAGUGGACAGCCAGCAUAGUUGAACACAGUCUCACUCAGUUAGUGAAACAGGGGAAACCGUUCAAGUACAUUGUCAACUGUGCUGUGAUGCAGAAAAGCGGCGCAGGUCUUCACACAGCCAACUCUUGUUACUGGGACACUACCACUGACGGAAGCUGCACAGUGAGGUGGGAGAACCGCACCAUGUAUUGCGUUGUCAGUGUGUUUGCAGUGGCUAUUGCGCUAUGAGCAGGAACCAGGGCUGAGAUGCGACACGCACAGGCACAGACCAGGAAAACCACCUUCGCUUUGACCAUCAUGUCUGUUAUGAAGCCUUCAACACACCGGCUAAGACUUAAACCAUGCUCAAUGUGUCUGUUUUACCUAAUCUGCAAAGUUUAGACUGUAUUGCAAGUGCUUGUCUACCACAUUGUAUGUGUAUUUGCCAUUUUUUUUUUUUUUUUUUUUUUUGGACUUGCAAAGGUUACAUGCACCUUUGCUCUGUAUAGAAUAUGUUGUUUAAUUAUUAAAGUUGUCUGCUUUGGGUUUAAUAAUCCAGUGUUAAGAAAAUGAAUAUAUCAAGAUGUUUGUCUUCUUUGAGUAUUUGUACCCAAAGACAUUUUCCAUAUCCACAUUUAAACUAUGAUAGAACUUCAUAAAAAAUAUUAGGGGAAGUUUACAACAAUGCAAGGAUGUCACUUCAUGUCGCAAUACCUGUUUGAUGUUAUUUCUGGGAACUAAAGCAGAGUUUUUCCCUUUCUUUAAAGUUUGAAAUCAACAAGCACACAAUGAUUUUGCUGAAAGAGUUAUAGAUUAAGUAGAUUAAAUUUUUAUACACAAGUCCAUCUAUAAAUCCCACACAGAAUUGUUGUACAAUGUUAAAAACGGAAACCCACUAUCUAUACAAAUUAAUAUGAAUGAAAAGGACUGAAAUUAAAAAAGUUUUUUUGAAAUCAA